AUGAAGGUCUUUUCUCUUCUCCUCUUGAUGUAUGUGACGGCCUCCUCCGCUUUCCCUGUGGCUCCUGAAGAAGAAGAUGAAAGAAAAAAUAUAGAUCUUGUGGAGACUUAUCUACAGAAUUUCUACAAUCUUCAAAAAGAUCAUCGGCAUCAUCUAAGGCAGGGGGGUAAAAAUCAUCUUGCUGAAAAGCUCAAGGAAAUGCAGGAAUUCUUUGGACUACAAGUGACUGGGAAAGCCGAUCGUGACACUUUGGAGAUGAUGAACAAACCCAGGUGUGGUGUUCCUGAUGUAGAGCAAUACGUCUUCACAGCAGGGAAUCCAAAAUGGAAGAAGACUAAUCUGACAUACAGGAUUGUGAAUUACACCAGAAAGAUGAGACAAACUGAUGUAGAUGAAGCAAUCCAAAAAGCUCUGAAUGUCUGGAGUAGUGUGACACCAUUGACAUUUCAAAAGAUUGAGGACAAAAUUGCAGAUAUAAUGAUCUCAUUCGCUUAUAGAGAUCACAAUGACAACUCUCCUUUUGAUGGCCCUAAUGGGCUGCUGGCUCAUGCUUUUCAACCAGGAGAAGGUCUUGGUGGAGACGUGCAUAUGGAUGACGAGGAAACCUGGACAAAAGAUGGAAGAGGCUACAACUUGUUCAUUGUUGUUGCCCAUGAACUUGGCCACUCACUGGGCUUGUCCCAUUCAAAUGAUCCUGGAGCACUGAUGUAUCCAAAUUAUGCUUACACAGACCCCAAAGAAUUCCUUCUUCCUCAGGAUGACAUUGAUGGCAUUCAAGCCAUAUAUGGACAGUCUAAUGAUGCUGUGCAGCCUACAGGGCCCACAACUCCACAAGUCUGUGACCCUAAUUUGACAUUUGAUGCCAUUACCACUUUGCGUGGAGAAAUGAUGUUCUUUAAGGGCAGGUACAUGCUGCGCAAACAUCCUGAGUGGUCAGAGACAGAGUUAAAUUUUAUCUCAGUGUUCUGGCCAAAUUUGCCAUCAGGAAUUCAAGCUGCUUAUGAGAACAUUGAAAAGGAUGAAGUUUUACUCUUUAAAGAGGAUAAGUACUGGGUUAUCAGAGGAUAUGACAUUGCAUACGGCUAUCCCAAACCAAUCUAUCGUUUGGGAUUCCCAAAGACUGUUAAAAGAGUGAAUGCAGCUUACAAUGACGAGACCACAGGAAAAACAUAUUUCUUUGUAGCUGACAGAUACUGGAGAUACGAUGAAAACAAAAAAUCCAUGGAUCAUGGUUAUCCCAGGAAAAUAAUCUCUGACUUUGGAAAAAUUGGCAGAGUUGAUGCUGCUUUCCAGAAAGAUGGCUAUGUGUACUUCUUCCACAGAACAAAGCAGUUCCAGUUUGAUCCUCGCACCAAACGGAUUGUCCAUCAAAUGAAGAGCAUUAGCUGGUUUAACUGUUAA